AUGCGGUCUCUCCUCACCCUCGCAGUUGUCGCCAUCUCCUCCGCAGCGUCAGUCACGGCGCUCGGCUCGGCACGUGUCGUCAACUUGUGCACCAAGGACGUUUCCCUCUGGUCUGUCGGCAGCCAGGUCAGCAACCCUUCUCGCCUCAAGGCCCGCGGUGGGUCCUACAGCGAGAAGUUUUCCCGCGACCCCGUCACUGGAGGGCGCGCUCUCAAGAUCACGAUCCCCACCGACGGUCUUUGGACCGGUGCCCCCAAACCAACUUUGCCUUCAACCUUGACGGUGCCCAGAUCUGAGUCGCAUCUGGCGGAUAGGCAGGACGGAUGGAGCCCGUCACCCACAAUCCGCGAAGCACUCGCCAUGUCCCAUACGACAGUCCCGAUCAAGACAGCCCCCGCAGGAGCCCCUGCGAAGCGGCAGCGACCCAACCAAGCGGAUGCCCGCCUCGUGCGGAGAAAGCGGGCCCACGCGGCCUGUCAAUUCUGCCGGGCUCGAAAGGCCAAGUGCGAUAAUGCAAGCCCAAUCUGCGGCUUUUGUCGACAUCAUGGGGCAAGAUGCAUCUAUGAUGAAGCUCGUGAUGACCAAGCGCCCAGAAGCCCGCCGCGGGAUUCUCAUGAAGAUCGGCGGCAGCAUCAGGAACUCUUGGGAAGAUUUGAUCGGCUUGAGGAGCUAUUGAAUUCUGCUGCGGCCACUCGGCUAGAGUCCAGACACGGACAAGCUGCGUGUCCCAUCUCGCUGGCCUCUCCGAACUCGAUCCUUCGCUCUCCGGCCUGGCAGCCCGAGUCGAACGCAUCUACCUCUACCCCACAAUCGUCGGAAAACCACUUGAGUAGGGUGCCGUUCUACUCUCCUUACACAAAGUCCGAGGCCCCCUUGAAGUGGCCAAUAUUCAAAGAUGUCAUUCUCCAGAGCGAUGCUCGAAUAGAGUCCUUUAUUCUUGAGCCCCAGGAGGCAAUCAUUGAGACGAAUGAUGCCGCUCAUUUGUCUGCUGCUUUUUCGGAUUUCAAUGGGGACCGAGUAUCGUCGAAUAAAGGAUAUAUCGAAUAUGGUAUCCGGGAAGACUCUUUGGUGCGGCUAUGCCAGGCCUUCCUCGCUCACACACAUUUGCGCAAUCCAAUCUUAGAAGAUAGCGAGCUCAUCUCCUACGCGAAAGCAGUGACUGAGCAUGGGCUUGGAUGGGAUUCAAAGACGUGCCUUGUCGUUGCUACGAAACUUCUUGGGUCCCUCCAGAGCCCGACGGCGAAUACCCCGAUCCGGCGAACCGCAGCCGACGGAUUUACGCAGCGCUCUUGCCUCCCGGCUUCCAUUCGCUUCGACGAUUACAGUCAGCCCGACAACGAGCUUGUCUUCCAUCUUCGAGGCCACUUCGGAGAGUGGAGCGAAUGGAUAUCCCGUCCAUUCCUCUAUUACUACCUCCACCAUCAUCCCGAGGCCCCGUCUACACCCGAGAUGCUUUCCAUAGUUCGGUAUGAGGUGGACAUCUGCGCGGACAUGAUCCGGCGGGGUCUUACCCGUACCGUCACGGCCACACGUGGCUUGUCGUACGUCGAUCCUUUCGGUGCGCCCUUGUUCUCCUCGGUGUCGUGCUACGGGAUGGCGAGGUUCAAGCCCCGGGAAAUUGGAGACAGCUGUUGGAGCUGGCAGUGGAGUCCCUAA